AUCACUUUGGUGCGUAUGAACUCCACCGUUGUCAAGGUGCCAGAUAUGGCAGAAUCGCUUACCGAAGGUACCUUGAGAGAUUUCUCGGUCAAGGUUGGUGAUUUUGUCCAAGCUGAUCAAGUUGUUGCUACCAUUGAAACUGAUAAGAUUGAUGUCGAGGUCAAUGCUCCAUUCUCUGGUACCAUUACCGAGCUCCUUGCUCAACCGGAGGACACCGUCGAAGUUGGCCAAGAUUUGUACAAGAUUGAACAAGGUGAAGCCCCAGAAGGUGGUGCGACUCCUCCAGCUGCCGAGGCUCCAAAGGAGGAAACCCCAGCUGCUGAGACUCCUAAGCAAGAGGCUCCAAAGCAAGAGGCUCCAAAGAAGGAGGCUGCUGCUCCAGCUCCAACCCCAGCCCCAGCCCCAAAGAAGGAGGCCCCAAAGAAGGAGUCCAAGCCAGUUGAGACCUUCACUGCCUUUGCCAGAACUGAGAGCCGUGUCAAGAUGAACCGUAUGCGUCAAAGAAUUGCAGAGAGACUUAAAGAGUCCCAAAACACCGCUGCAUCAUUGACCACCUUCAACGAAGUUGACAUGUCAUCUAUCUUGGAGUUGCGUAAGCUUUACAAGGAUGAGAUCAUCAAGAAGAAAGACAUCAAGUUUGGUUUCAUGGGUCUCUUCUCAAAGGCUGCUACUUUGGCUAUGAAGGAUAUCCCAGCCGUUAACGGUGCCAUUGAAGGUGAUCAACUUGUCUACAGAGACUACGUUGAUAUCUCUGUUGCUGUUGCCACUCCAAAGGGUUUGGUUACCCCAGUGGUCCGUAACGCUGAGUCCCUCUCCGUCUUGGAAAUUGAGCAGGAGAUCUCCAACUUGGGUAAGAAGGCCCGUGAUGGUAAGCUCACCUUGGAAGACAUGGCUGGUGGUACUUUCACCAUCUCUAACGGUGGUGUCUUUGGUUCCCUCUAUGGUACUCCAAUCAUCAACUUGCCACAAACCGCCGUUCUCGGUUUGCACGGUGUCAAAGAGAGACCAGUCACAGUAAACGGUCAAAUUGUGAGUAGACCUAUGAUGUACUUGGCCUUGACAUACGAUCACAGAAUGGUUGAUGGUAGAGAGGCUGUCACUUUCUUGAAGACAGUCAAGGAAUUGAUCGAAGACCCAAGAAAAAUGUUGUUGUAC